AUGACCAACUUACAUUCAUUCGCCAUCCCAGAGUCGAAGACGUCGUUGUUCAUUAUCAUCAUCGCCAGCACGGCCAGUGCGCUUGCGCUGAUGGCCACCAUGGCGUUCGGCUGUGUGCUGAAGAAGAGGAGAGUCACCAGGAAACAGAGAAAACCAACAGUUCACGGUGUGUCGGCCUCCCGUCCUAUGCCACCCGUGCCCAAGUACAUCCACGCUACCGGCACCAUAGACUCCGGUGUGGAGGACAUGGAACUGCACGAGCUGGACAGGGCAUGCGCACUGAAGCCGCACCCUUCCUCCAGGGGGAGGGACGACACAGAGUGGAAGUCCGUAGGGCUGGCUUCCAGGGGGAGGGACGACGCAGAGUGGAAGUCCGUAGGGCUGGCCUACUCAGGUUUUGGGAUAAGACAAUCACGUGACGAUGGUGACGUUUCUAAAGCAAUCAUUUUGUUCUUCUAAGUCACAUUGGUCGUAGUUUCGAUUUGAAAGAAAAAUACAAAAGCGAGCAUGAAAAUUAUAUUUCAGUGAUUCAAAAUGUGGACUGCGAAGUAUCAAGGACGUAUCUAUAACUUACUUGUAGUAUCAGUUAUUUUAACGCUAGAUGAAGUCUUGAUAUCUAAUGUAUUGCGGAAGUGAAUUUUUCGAACAGAAACAGUAGAUAAGUC